AAAAUGUCGUUAGUAUGCUGGGCGAUGAUGCGAUUUCGGCUGCAUUAUGUUACGUAAAUCAUCUGACUGUUGGGUCCGAUUUACGGUAUAAUUUAAUCACAAGGAUAAUCAUGGCUUCAUCGUCAUCAUAUAUUUACGAGUUGAAAGAAAGGGACACACGCGGUGAAAUCGAGAAAUUCCUCAAGAAUUCACCGCGAAACACUGUCAAUUAUGCGAAAUCCUUAUUUCCAAUCACCGGCUGGAUCGGUCGUUAUAACUUGACCUGGUUCGUCGGAGACCUUAUCGCAGGUCUAACAGUUGGCGCUGUGGUCAUCCCGGAGGGUAUGGGUUAUGCUAAGACCGCAACCUUACCACCAGAAUACGGGCUCUAUUCUUCGCUCGUAGGAGUCGCCCUCUAUUUUUUAUUCUCCACAUCAAAGGACAUUACAAUUGGACCCACAUCGGUAAUGAGUUUACUCAUCGCCCAGGUCCUAGCUUCCAUCACAGGUGGUGCCAAAAAUUUUCCUUACACUAGUCCACAAUUAGCUUCUACUCUCGCUUUCUUAGCUGGUAUAGUUGCUCUCGUCAUUGGAGUAUUCCGUCUUGGAAUUGUGACCAAUAUCAUUUCGGCUCCUGUCAUCGCCGGUUUUACCACCGGUUCCGCUGUCACAAUUGCCACCGGUCAGGUUCCAGGUUUACUAGGCAUUAAGGGAAUAGAUACUACACGAGCUUGUUAUUUAGUCAUCAUAGAUAUUUUUUCUCGCCUGUCGGACACCAAGAAAGACGCGAUUAUAGGAUUGAUCAGUCUUUUCGUUUUGUCGGCCAUUAAAUUUUCCACCGCAUAUCUCAGCAAACGUCUCCCAAAGAAUGUUUCAGUUAGUCAUUUGUCGACGCAAAGUCCAAUAUCAGUUAUGGGAAAAAUUCCUCAAGGGUUCGAUCAUAUUAGCCCACCAAUCCUUGAUAAAUCUAUUUUAUCUUACGUUGGCCAAUAUGUUCCCUCGGUAACUCUCAUAUUAAUCUUGGAACACAUUGCUAUCGCCAAAAGCUUUGGUCGGAUGAAUGACUACACGAUCCAACCAAGUCAAGAACUUAUUGCCAUUGGUAUAACCAAUAUAUUUGGAUCAUUCCUUGGUUCUUAUCCGGCCACCGGCUCUUUCUCGCGUAGUGCUAUCAAAGCAAGAUCCGGUGUGAGGACUCCGCUGGCCGAUAUCUUUACGGGUGCUCUGGUCCUCUUGUCUCUUUACGUUUUGACUCCUGUGUUCACCUAUAUUCCGAGCGCGACUUUAAAGUACGUUUGGGAUUUUGCCGUUUUCGCCGUUGGCCUUAUUGUCACCAUCUUUACUACGGUCGAAAUUGGCGUGUAUUCAUCAACUGGUCUGGCGCUCGCGGUCUUGUUCGUAAGAUUAGCCCGCCCUAGGUUCUAUGCUAUCGGCCGUAUUCCAACUGGCGAAGGAGAAUCACAAAAAUAUGCUUAUGUUCCAAUGCGUAAGGCAUUUACACAUGCCGCUCAUCCACCGGAAGGUGUACUCAUUUUUAGGUUUGAGGAAGGUCUUACACAUCCAAACGCAAACUUUAUUGACGACAAAGUAGUGGAGUAUGUUAAGGAACAUACCAGACGAAUGGCAAAGCGAGCCGAAAAAUUCGGUGAUCGGCCAUGGAACGACGCCGGCAGCAAAAACGAAGAAGUUUACUUUGAGGAAAACUCUAAGUUACCCCCAUUAAAAGCUGUCGUGUUUGAUAUGACGUCGGUAAGCAUGAUCGACUCGACGGGUAUGAAUUCGUUGAUAGACAUUAAAAAGGCGUUGAACAAACACGCAGCACGACGGGUAGAAUUUCAUUUUGCAAACAUAGCAACUGCCUCAAUCCAGCGAACCCUCAUAGAGUGUGGGUUUGGAACUAUGGAAACGAAUACGGAAGAAUCUCGCCCUGGAGAUUUGGAAAGUUCAAGUGUUGAGGAUAGGAAGGAAGACGAUGUCGUCAUACAAUCGAAAAGAUUCUUCCACUUAUCACUAGAGGAAGCCAUAUCGGCUGCUACUGAUG